AUGUCAGAACACUCAGACAAAAAACAGAAAGUUGCUAUUUCGUCCUUGGACCAGUUGAAGAAGGCUGGGACCCAUGURGUGGCUGAUUCUGGGGAUUUUGAGUCCAUUUCCAAGUACGAACCCCAGGACUCAACUACCAACCCUUCUCUGAUAUUGGCCGCUUCAAAGCUAGAGAAAUAUGAAAGGCUGAUCGAUGCCUCUGUCGAGUACGGUAGGAAGCAUGGUAAGACCGAUCAUGAGAAAGUUGACAAUGCCAUGGAUAAAAUAUUGGUGGAAUUUGGUUCACAGAUUUUGAAGAUCGUGCCAGGUAGAGUAUCCACCGAAGUGGAUGCAAGGCUGUCCUUUGACAAGAAAGCCACUGUUAAAAAAGCUCUCCAUAUAAUCAAACUGUACAAUGAGGUGGGCGUGCCUAAAGAAAGAGUAUUGAUCAAGAUAGCUUCUACAUGGGAGGGCAUCCAAGCUGCUAAAGAGUUGGAAGCAAAACAUGGCAUUCAUUGUAACAUGACCUUGUUGUUUUCCUUCACUCAAGCUGUAGCAUGUGCAGAGGCAAAAGUUACUUUGAUUUCCCCAUUUGUGGGAAGGAUCAUGGAUUUCUACAAGGAGCGGUCAGGUGAGGACUACACCGGAGAGACUGAUCCCGGUGUUCUCUCUGUGAGAAAGAUUUACAGCUACUAUAAGAGGCACGGCUACAAUACCGAGGUGAUGGCGGCUUCCUUUAGAAACCUUGACGAGCUGAAGGCCUUGGCAGGUAUUGAUGACAUGACUCUCCCACUGAAUAUUUUGCAACAGUUACACGAGUCAACAGAUCCUAUUGAAAACAAAUUGAACGCAGAGACCGCUAAAAAGGAAGGUGUCGACAAAAUAUCUUUUAUCAACGAUGAACCUCACUUCAGAUACGUCUUUAACGAAGAUCAAAUGGCCACAGAAAAAGUAUCUGAUGGUAUUAGAAAAUUUUCUGUAGACAUCGAAGCGCUGUACAAGUUAGUUGAGGAAAAAAUGUGA